GAUUUAUUGUCUUAUGGGUACAGUCAUCCUUCCGCCUCCUUCCCUCAGGCUGAUCCUCUAGAAAACCCACUCCCCAAACUGGCCUAUAUUUCCCAAAAUGAAUUUCGACCAGAUCCUCUCUGCCGUCGGAGGCUUCGGCAAAUAUCAGAAAAUUUUGUACAUAUGGAUUUGUUUACCCCAGAUCCUCCUCGCCUUCCACAUGAUGGUGAGCAUCUUUACCGGAGCCACGCCACCGCAUCACUGCCGAGACAAUUCGAGCUCAGUAGCCGAAAAUCGGUCCUUCUUCCCCGGUACACUCAGCCCGAACUUCAGCCUCUCGGACUCCUUCUGCUUCUCUUCCGAUGUUCUUCUGCAAGGCAACCGGACUGAGCGCGUCCCGUGUGGCCAAGGAUGGGUGUACAGCAACGAGACUUUCCAGAGCACCACAGUCACCGAGUGGGACCUGGUGUGCGACAAAGCUAGACUGAACAGUCUUAGUUCAUCUAUCUACAUGUUUGGCCUGUUGGUGGGAUCUAUGGUGUUUGGAGCCAUGGCUGACAGGUAUGGCCGACGUUUCGUCCUGCUGCUGUCCAUUGCUCUUCAGACUGUGUUUGGAGUCGCUGUGGCCUUUGCACCCAACUUCCCUGUCUAUGUGAUUCUUCGCUUUAUAGUUGGCUCCACAAUAUCUGGAGUUAUCAUCAAUGCUUUUGUACUUGGCACCGAGUGGACAUGCACCAAGCGACGCAUGCUGGCCGGUAUCAUCACGGACUAUGCUUUUGGCUUGGGCUACAUGCUGUUAGCAGGUGUAGCAUAUCUGAUACGAGACUGGAGAAAGUUACAACUGGCUAUAUCAGUGCCGGGCUUCCUGCUCAUCUUCUAUAUAUGGGUGCUCCCUCAGUCUGCCAGAUGGUUGUUGGCCAACGACAGGAGAGAGGAAGCCAUCGCACUCCUUCGCAAGGCAGCACUUGUUAAUGGCCGAGUUUUACCUCCUGCUGCUCAGGUAGAGAAGUGUGAGAUUUUAAGUGGAGGGAAGCGAAGUCACUCGGCAGUGGAUCUCGUACGAACACCUCAGAUGAGGAAGAGGGCUAUCAUCUUGUUCUACAUCUGGUUUGUGAAUGUGCUGGUGUACUACGGCCUCUCACUUGGUGUGUCCAGAUUAGGGACAAACCUCUAUCUCACCCAGUUUGUGUUUGGGUUGGUCGAGAUCCCAGCUCGAUCUCUGGUCCUGAUUGUGCUGCCCUGCAGCCGCCGACUCUCCCUGAGUGGCUUCCUGGCUGUUGGAGGCCUUGCCUGUCUGCUAAUGCUUGCUGUCCCUGCAGAUCAUCCUAAUGUCCUGACGGGUCUUGCCAUGGUGGGGAAGUUUGGUAUAACUGCUUCCUUUGCUGUAAUUUAUGUGUACACCGCUGAGAUAUUCCCCACUGUGCUACGACAAACAGGAAUUGGUGUGUCCAGUAUGUUUGCGAGGAUGGGUGGUGUGUUAGCACCCAUCAUCAACAUGCUUCAUAACCACAGCCCUGCUACACCUCUGGCCAUCUUUGGUACCUCCCCGCUGCUGGGUGCUGUCCUGGCCCUGGCACUGCCCGAAACUGCAGACAGACCUCUUCCUGACACAGUGGAGGACGCAGAGAACUGGGACGUGAGGUCACCUCCCAACAAGGAUAGUCCUGAGAUUUGUGAGGGUAUUAGCCAAUCAGCCAGCAGCACAGAGGAGCAGGAGCUACGACAUCUAGCAAGCCAGACCUAGCUGUAUCUACAUGGGUGCACACAUGCUAAUAUUCACACAUUACACAGCCUCAACUUCGGUUUCAGAUGCGGUACUUCAAACAUCCUCUAUGCAUUAAAAUGUCAGGAUCUAAUUAAGAGCUCUAUGCAAGAAAGCCAAACACAUUUCACCCGCCAAACUAGCAUGCACAUGUGCACAAAGCAGGCAUUCACUUUGGCCGCAGAGGCGAAUCAACAGCCUACUGUUUUACCAAAUGCAAGUAAACACCCAUAUAAGUCAGGAACAGUCCUGUGCUGCAAUCUUGUGCAUUCCUCAGAAGUUAACACUUUUAUUCUAAAGUUGAGAGCUGGUUUGAUAUAUUUUAGUAAUCUGGGGAGACACAUUAAAUAGUUCCCCGAAAGACUCUGUAGACACACAGAUUGCAUAUUUGUAUGUAUUGACACACCUACAGGCAUCAGCUCAACUCAAACUUCUGAAUCUGUUCUGAAGAAUCAGACUGGGCAAGAAGACUUAAGCAGACUGCCACUUCCUCUGUAAUGCAGUACACAUAGUCCCAUUGAGCAGCUAUUUUUAGGACUUUGUAUUUUUCAGGACUCAAGGAUUUAUUACAUUUUGUGCAUUUCAUGAAAGCACUUAUAUAAUAUUUUUGUAUAAAGGUGUCUGUGGACUGUUUGUGGAAUAUCUUUGUUGUACAGUAUCUUGAUGCUGUAUGGAACAAGCAACUGCCUCAUUUUCUAUUUUAUGCUGUCAAGCCAAGAGAAAUGAAACUAGUCAAGUAAGAUUGCAUGCACUAUAGUUACCUUCAUUAUGCCUAAUGUAGCCUUUUGUUAGACUAUUGUAGUUAAUUUGUAGCUUUGAAUGAAACCUGAGAUGUGACUGCGAUCAGCAUGUGGAGAUAUUUGAUUUUUAUCAUUUUUUGUGGAGGUUAGUUUUCAUUUUAUUAUACUCUGAUGUAAAAUUACUUGUCAUGAUGACUUGGAUCUGUGAAAUAUCUUGUGAUUUUUAAACAUGUUUAAGGGCUGUUAUAGUGUAUGUGAAAUAGUCAUACAGAAAAAAAACCCCAGCAUGGAUCAGAAGCACAGGUCAUGUAGUAUGCUAUAUAACUCAGGAAAAGGGAUUUUAUUCAUCAAGAACUAUUAUUCCUAUGGCAGACAUUUGGGGUUAGUAUUAUUUGUGAAGUAUAGAAGUGUGUGGAGGGGAAGAGCUGUUAUUCCACUGCAUGAAUUUAGAAAGCAUGCCUUUCUGCUGUUUGAUUAACCAGAGAUGUCACUCGAGCCACUGAAUGGAAAAUUAUCCAGUUUUUUAUUGCAUUGAUUCCAACCCAGUGCAUUUCCAACAAUGCAACAAAUUUCAAAAAACACAUUACAAUCAACAAAUGGAAAUGUAUCACCAAAUGUACUUAGUACAAAUGAAAUGAA